AUGGCCGGCGGGCCGGGCCGCGCACCCAGUGGAGGCGGGGACGGCGGCGGCCGCGUGCGGGCUCAGAAGCGACGCUCGCACGACGACGCUAAGGCGGCAGCCAAGCCCCGCUCCCAGCGCAGCUCGGCGGCCAGCCAGCAGCAGCCCGUGCGUGAGCUGUCCGCUAUCCGGGAGGGGACCGACUCUGCGGCGGCGGACGACGGUCACGCCUCGCCGACCCAGGCGAGCCAGGGCAGCGAAGCGCAGUCGCCCAGGGACUCCGGCAACCACAGCCUGACGGGCGAAGAGGCGGUCGACGUGGGCGAACUACGGAAGGAGAACUUCGACGAGCCAUCAACGGAGGGCUCAGACAAAAUAGCAGACGAGGAGCCAGGCGAGCUGCGAACCGAGUCCGUCGAAGAAUUACGGAACGACGUCUCGGAGCAGCUGGCGUCAUCGACGACAGCAGACGCAGACGCAGUAAGCGUCGCCGACGACUCGGGCCAGCAGACGGUGCAGUCCAAAGCCGCGCCAGACCAGGAGGAGCCGGCCCCCGACGACACAGAGCGGUCAGGCGCCAUGUCCGGUGACAUGGAAGUGCUGCGUCCGUCGGAGGAGCUGGCGCUGGACGAUGGGGGACCUGCACGUGUACCUGGUGCCACGGGAGAGAAAUGGUCGGCGCCGCGGCGGCUGGCCGAGCGCACCUCCCGCAACGACACCAUCUCACUGGGCUUCGUCAGGGUGCACCCAGAGUCGACGCUAAACCUGCUCCGCCGGGAGAUUUCCGCCCAGCUGCUGGGCAACGAGCUCGCCCUGCGCCACUACAAGUUCGUCCGGCCCGUGGGAAAACACUUCACGCAAGUGAAGGCGAAACAGGAGGGCCACCUGAAGGCGCGGAACUUCAUGCCGCCGUACACGUCCGACCCGGAGAUCCAUCUGCUGCGCUUGCUGCCCCACGACCCGCUGGACGAGCUGGAGGACGCCGCCUACUGGCGCGGCUGGGACCGACACUACCGGCUCGAUCGCUACUACCCGCUGGUCCGCAACACCUUCUUCAAUCUGCGCAAGAAAUUGGCAGCAGUCAAGAAGCGGCGAGCAGAGAGCGAGAGGAAACGAGACGAGCUGGUGGCGCUCUCCAGAAGCUUACAGGAGCAGCUGAGCAUCAGACGCGAUGAGGAUAUGCAAAAAUGGAGAGACCUUUACCUACAAGAACGCAAGCUCACAGGCCCCUUGGAGGAAGCCUGCUCAUCUUUGCGUCGGGAAAUCGACAAAAUGCAUAAGAAGCUGCUACAGAGAGUGGAAACCAGACACAAGGGCACGAGCAAAGAAGGUCCAUCACGAAAGCUAACGAUGAAGCUGAAUCUGAAGCAGCUGGACUCGGACAUCGAGGACUGGCGGCGCCGAGUACGCUCGACACAGAUGAUCCUGGACACGGAGAUCAAGCUGCGGAAGCAGGCCGAGAUCGACGUCAAGACUCUGCGUCAGGAGCUGAGCCAGAAGCGGGUGACCGUCACACAGGCACGCUCCCACUACGGCCUGGACGCGGUCGACUGGUACCUGCUGCUCGGCCGUCAGAAGGCCGCCCGCAGCGGCCGCAGCCCCUCCAGACAGGCGGCCGGCCGGCGCGACGCUUCUCCGCAGCCGGCUUAGACCGCACCGGCCCGGCUAUGGCUCAGCAGCUGGCCUAGACCGACCCCGCCUGGCUACGGCUUAACAGCCGGCCUAGACCGACCCUGCCCGGCUACGGCUUAACAGCCGGCCUAGACCGACCCUGCCUGGCUACGGCUUAGCAGCCGGCCUAGACCGACCCUGCCCAGCCGUGGCUCCGUGCCGGCUUAGACCGACCCUGCCUAGCCGUGGCUCCGUGCCGGCUUAGAC